AUGGCCUCCUUCUUUACCUCUCUGUUUCAGUGGUUCAGCGGGCAAGUCGGGCUAUUCUUCUCCAAGCAGGCUGAGAUAUCAGUCGUCGGGCUGCAGGCGUCCGGAAAGACUUCCUUCGUGAACGUCAUAGGUUCCGGCCAGUGGAGCGAAGAAGUCGUUCCGACUGUUGCCUUUAAUUUCCGGAAGGUCCGUCGAGGCAACAUUACUCUCAAGAUAUGGGAUGUUGCAGGCCAGCCAAGAUACAGGUCAAUAUGGGAGCGCUAUUGUAACGGCGUUGAUGCUAUCAUUUUCGUGGUUGACUCUUCCGACAAGGAGAAGUUCGACACUGCUCGAUUCGAGCUGCACCAGCUGCUGUCCCAACCCAGCCUCAACGGUGUUCCGUUACUAGUCCUCGGGAACAAGAACGACAUCGAGGGUCACGCUCCUGUGAACGAGCUGAUCAAGGCGCUGCAACUAGACAAGAUUCAAAACAGACCUGUAUCUUGCUAUUCGUGCUCGAUGAAAAGCCAGCACAACCUAGAUAUUGUUCUACAAUGGCUAGCGGGGCGCAGCCAUUGA